AACGAAAUGAAAUAUUUCCAAUGUAAACACUAUACUAAUUAAUAUAUAAUAUACUAAUGACUCAUCUAUUAACACUAUAGACGCGCAAAUUGCAAUAUUAUUGAAUCUCAGCAUUAAUGUUAGUUUCUAUACUCUCUUUACAACUAGAGUUUACUUAGUGCACAACAAUUUAAUCGUAUAGGCCAUGGUCGUAGUGAACAGUUCGUCCAGCAAAGUAUCCGAUUCAGUGGCCAGUUCUUCCCGGAGUAUGGUACCCUUGUCGAUUAGCGACCGUGGUGUUCAAAGAGACUGUGCACCGAUGGACAUUACCGGAUGCACUGAUCAGGCAUCGGCCAAUGCCGGUUCAAGUAAUAACGAGGAAGAUUUGGAGGAAGACGACGAAUACCGCCUCUAUAUCGAUGCUGUCGUACAACAGUUUUGUCCACAACUCUCUGCCGCCGUGCAGAAAUUGGCCGCCCAUAAAAUAGGGACAUUGAAUAAGAAUGUGUUGCUAUCGCAGUUUCAGUUUUCAUCGCCUCAAUAUAAAAAUCAUUUCGGUACAGGCAUUGACGAGUCUGAUAGCAAACAAAAGAAUCGUAGUUGCCUCGACCGGUUUGUUAUGUCCAUACCGUGUUAUUCCGGAGAACAACAAAUUAAGUGUUAUCCUUCCUCUUCAAAGCAAUCACCAUCAAUCGAUUCGACAUGUCAUAAUUAUUGUUAUUAUACUGAAUGGUUAAUCGUCACACAAUGCUCACGUCCGCACAGAGCACCAGAUGUAAUUUAUUUGAAACUAAAUUGUCGACCGCUAAAAUCGAAACAUAGUUCGCCACAUCAGAAUGUAACUAAUUCUACGUCUGUAGUUAAAAAAGGAAGAGCGGAACAUGAAAUUGGUAAUCAAUAUAACUCAAUAUCUACGAAUCGUUCAUUUCAACAGUACAUCACUGAAAUGAUGUACUCCGAAGAAGACGGAUGCAACGCCUUUCCAUCUCUAUUAGAAUGGAAUCCUAAGGAUAAUGACGAUUGUUUGAUAAGAUUGGCAGAUGACUUGUACACAUGCUUUUGGCAGUAUCAGCUUUUUAAGUUAUGUAAUCCUACAAUGGGAAUUCCGCAACAUCAAUUGAAAUUUAAUCAAGUUCAGCAAAACCACAUUAUCAACUGUCGGAAUGCGUUUGCUCAAUAUAAGCGAUUGACACAACCAGAAAAAAAUUCCGACCCUUGUUAUAGUAAGAAUAACGACGAAAACUGCGAUUCUGAAUUUGGUGAUGUUCAGGUAGAACUUUUGAUUCCCGAACAGAAUGAUUUUGAAACAAAUGAUUACCAUCAACAAACGAGUGCUCAAAUGGUUUUAUUACACGCCGUUGUAAGUUGUAAACAGACAUCCACUGUCGAGCAGAGCGGAGUUACAUUAAUAGAGAAAACUCCAGAGGCUGCACAAGCAAUAGAACCACAAAAGAAAAAACAAAGAGUGUUGUUGGCUUCGGUUAGUACUUGUUUUCCUCCUUCAGCUACAACGCUUUCACGCAAUAAGAAACCAAUGACCAGUGGCAUGAAUAGAUAUAUGGUCAAGGUUUUAAGUAGAAAAUUACUGCAGAACCCUUCGAUCCUUUCUGAAAUGAUGUUGGACCUGGACUGUUUAGACACUAGCAUGAUUGAUUUUGCGUCUUAUGUGGCAAGAGUAAAGAGUGUAGUCCUUCAAGCUUAUCAAGCAUGUAAAGAAAGCAAAAAUAAAGAAAUCCAUUCAAGUCCGAGUACGGAUAACAUUAAAAGAUCGAUAAUUUCCAUUAAGUUUUUCGACGCAUUACUUAAAGAAAUGAAUGAGAAGUGCGAUAGUUCCAACAAAAAGGAAUUAUUGGAUUACUACUUUUCUAGUGAUUAUGAGCAAACGACAAAAUGUCAAAAAUCGUCGUCGUACUAUUAUGAUUUGAUACGGUUUUUGAUGUCUUCCAUAGAUAAAUCGUACGAAAAAGACAUUUCUUUAUUGAAAUACGUAUUAACUAUAAAAGUUGAGUACAUCGACAAAGAAGUAGCACCUAAGGAAACGCCGUUGUUAUUAGAUUUCGAUACUCCUGACGAUGAACAGAAUGGUUUAAUUAAUAAACAAAAUGUUAUGGUGACUGCUUCGGUGUGCUCUGUGUAUGAACAAUAUGAAGAUAGCGAAUCAGACAGCCUACAGUGUGGUACGCCUUUAUCAAACUUUGACUUAAUAUCUGAAGAUGAUGACUUCAGUUUGGACGAACUAAACGCUAGGAUAGAUGAUGCAGCCAACAUUAUAAGAAUUAACGCAGACAGGUUUUUGAACUCCGCCGAUGUCCGACGUUCUACUACGUACAGAGUUGUUGACUCGUUUUUUCCAUCAUCUUAAGAUUUAACUUAUUAUAUUAUGUAUAACACGUUAAAUUGUUGGGAUCGUUAUAUUUAUAUAAUUAUUAUGUUUAAGCAUACUAUAAAGAAGGUUUUAAAAUAAUACACUGUCAUUUGUGAGUUUCGAUAUUCCUCGUUUAAUCCAUUUUUAUUAUGUAUUUUUUCAUUGUACACUAUAUUUUAUAAUAUACACUAGUCACAUGAUGAUUAUUAAAAUAGUAAUUGACAUCAAAGACUUUAUCUUAACCGAUAACAAGGUG